GCGAGGCGGCCGCGGCCGGCCGGCCCUUUUGCUUAAGGAGGCUCGACCCUCAGACGCUGAGAGUCAUGGCCCUGCCGUUGGUGCCCGGCAAUAGCGUUAACCGCAACAUAGGAAAGGAGAAGUUCCACAAAUCCCAGCAUUGGGGCUUUUGCAACAAUGUGAGGAUGCUAGUGAGUGAUGGGAAGCCUGGAAUAGGUGGAGAACCUCUGCCCGGGCAAAAGACAAAGCCCAGGAACACUACAUAUCCGAAAGGAGAAGGCUCUGCUGUACCAUCAUGGGUAGUUUUUGAUAAACAGGUAUUAUGUUUUGAUGCCUACUUGGAAGAUGAAGUACCUGAUAAAAACCAAGAAGACUAUAGAAUAAGAUACUAUAAAAUCUACUACUACCUUGAAGAUGACACAAUUCAAGUAAAUGAGCCAGAGGUGUUAAAUAGUGGACUGAAUCAAGGGAUUUUUAUCCGGCGUCACCGAAUUUCUCUCCCACCUCCUGAUGAGGAUCAAUUUUAUACUGUGUAUGAUUUCAAUGUCAGCAAAGACGUUGUCUUCUAUGAUAAGACAUUCAAGAUUUAUGAUUGCGAUGUAUUCACAAAAAACUUUUUGAAGAAAGUAGGAAUCAGAGUAAAUCCCCCAGGACCACGUCCGGAAGAUCCUUACAUGAAGUCACGGAGAGAGACACUAGAGUACAUGAAGCCUUUACGUCCCUAUGAGUCCUUGGAUACCCGGAAACAGUUCCUUGAAUAUGAUGGGAAGGUUUUGCGUUUCUUCUGCCUGUGGGAUGACUCAGGCUCACUGUUUGGGGACCGUAGAGAUCUUGUCCUGCAUUACUUUUUGGCCGAUGGUACUAUUGAAAUCAAAGAACUGAUGCCACAGAACUCGGGCCGGGAUGCUAUGGCAUUGUUUCUUCGGAGGAGUAAGCUGCCCAAGCAUGGCCCACCUGGCAUCUUUCAACCAGGUGAGAUAACUGAGCAAGCAGUUCUCAAUGUGUACGGUGGCUUGUCUCUGACUCGCAUGCCAGGCUACCUGUUGGACAGAUAUGAGCUAGGAAAAGUAGACCAAGAGUUUUACACAGAUGCUGACCUGACCAUAGGAGCCACCAUCAAUGUGUGGGGAAGGAAAGUUCUCCUUUGUGACUGUGAUGAAUUUACGAAGUGUUAUUAUAGAUCUAAUUAUGGAAUUGAGAACUUUACCUCAAUUCCAUGCAAGGCUCCUACUCCUCCAAAAAUAGAAAGGAAAUUUCCACCUUAUAAUGGCUUCGGAUCUGAAGAAGAUUCUCUCCGUACCUGCAUAGGCCUCCGGCCCACACCUCAUAAGAAAGACUUCAAGAAGUUUAUGGAAUUAGACAGCUAUGGCAACAUAAGCAAUAUACUCCGAUAUUUCGCAAAACUAAUCACUGACAAAUGUGAGGAUGUGGACAGAAUGUUUGUUAUUUCAUAUUAUCUCAGUGAUAAUACAAUUUCAGUGUUUGAACCUGUAGAGAGAAAUUCAGGGUAUGAUGGUGGGAUGUUCUUGAAAAGAGUUCGUAUUAAGAGGCCUGGACAAGAACUCUUUAAAAGUGAACUAUCAGAAUAUAUCCAGCCCGAGGAGCUGUAUAUUGGCGCCAAAGUGAACAUAAAUGGCUACCUAUUUCUUUUGCUCAAUGCUGAUGAGUAUACCUUAAAACACAUGGAGAAUAAUACAGAUAAGUUUCCUUUUAGCAACCUACAACUUGUCCUACAAAAGCUAAAAGAUGAAGAAGCAAAAUCCAGAGAGAUCAAGCAGGUGUUUAGAGCUGCUGAUUGUAAUUUCACGAUAGUGAUGGAUUAUAAUACAUUCAGAGAAAUAGUGAUGAAUAUAACUGUUGGGAAACUCAUAGAGCAGGAAGUCAUAACCAUUGCACGUCACUACCGUGUGCCUGAGGAGCCAUGUCCAAACUUGGAUCUUUUAAUUGCACAGGCUCACGAACAGCUCAAAAAGAAUACUUUUGAGACUUUUGAUGAAUUCAUUUCCACCUGUGCAUACGAAGAUCGAGAAAAAAAAAAUGUAUUACCUACCAAAGACAUCAAAAGGCUAUGCAAGUCUUUCAGGUUACCUUUGAAUGAAGAUCUUCUAGAAACCUUACUGUCAAGGUUUGAAGACAGUGAAAAGCAAAUAAAUUAUGAGUCAUUUUUCUCUGCCCUGAACUGGAGAAUGAAUCCGACACCUCCAUUGGUAGCACCGUCAUACCUGAAAGAGGUAUGUGAAGAUGUUUGGCUUGGGAUGCCAUCACCUAUUCCUGCAAAAUGCAUUGACUACUUCACUCUUUUGAAGGACGUGUAUGGCUUAGAGGAACAGAUCUGCCAGUUUUGGUGAACUCCCUUUCAUUUAUGGCUCUAAUUUUGCCAAGUUUCUUUCAGUAGACAUAAUUUCAUCAAAAACAAAAAGAAACAAGUUUAUAUUAAAUGGAAACCCAUAAACCACAAUUAAUCUUCUUUUGUCCCUUGAGAUUUUUCAGAACAUCAUAUUGUAUUGCUGAUAU